GAACCGAGAGAUGGCCGAACGUCUUCGGGCCCUGCUCUGCACGGUGCGGGCCCAGCGCCCACUGCAGCUUCGCUACGUGAAGGGCCACUCAGGCAGCCGAGGCAACGAGCGCGCAGACCUCCUGGCGGCCAAAGGUGCCCGGGGGGCCUACUCUGCCCAGGGCCGGUGGGGUCGAGCUGAGCGGGCAGCGGCUGCUGCCGCCGAAGCAGCAAAG